AUGCUCAAGAGUCCAGUUUUGAUUAGAAAUGCCAAGUCUUUGCUACUCCCACACAAAAUUAUAGCUGUGAGAUGUGUCAAUUCUCAAGCUUACGAUGAAUCCCUCAAGAUUCUGAAAACCGAUCUCAAAAAAGCCAUGUUGGCGAAAGAUGAUUUUAAAAAGACCACAAUUCGCGGUCUUCUCUCUGGGAUCAAGAACAAGGAAAUUGACAGUAAGGGAAAAGCGCUCGAUGAGUUUACCCUCCACGAAUUGUACACCAAACUCAUUGCCCAGAGAACAGAAUCCAUAAAGCAGUUCGAGCAAAACAACAGACCAGAAUUGAUCGAGCGGGAGAAAAGAGAGUCUGAGGUCAUUCAAGGAUACCUGGGCCAGCUGCCUGUUGCGUCAAGAGCUGAGGUCGACCUUCACGUCCUGAAACUACUACAGGAACUAUUCCAGAAGGAGCCAGCACUACAGUUGAAAGAUGUUUUUGGCAAAGUCGAUUGGAAAACUGUACCAAGCCAAUGGAAAGCUACCGCAUCAGUCAUCCGUGCGAGCAUUGCCUCUCAAUACAAAAAUGUUUUUUGA